AUGUCAUCAUUCUAUCUCUCGUGGCAGUUGUGGGAGAAGAUGACCUUUGUCUUAGGUCUUGCAAUACUCACAGUCUUUUGUAUCGGAUGGGGCAAGGUGUUGUGGAGAAACAGGCUUGUGCAGAGGCAAGAGAUUGUGGAUGAGGAAAGGAGGAUACGGAUUCAAGAAUUGAGAACAAGCGGGCAACUCAUUGAACUUCAGGGAGGCCACGAUGUUCCUUUCGGAAUCAAAGCAAUCGAAAGUGGGAUCGAGGUUGAGGGUAUCUGGAUUCCAUCCAGGAAAAACAGCCCCGUCCGAAGCGAGCUCAAACUAGGCCACGUACAUGGAGAGUCGGAUACACUUGCUGCUUUGGAUAUGAAAAUCAGCGGACAGACAUCUGCGGAAGCUUUUCCGACCCCAACAAGACCGACUCCCAGAGGCCGAUCAUCACUGGGGACAACGAGCACUGCAACGGUACCCCUCGAACGAUCUCCUGUCUCCGGAGACAUCACUGCUUCCGAGCGAUCCGAAUUCGACAGGAACAAAGCCCUUUACAAGCCUCGGAAAUCUUCACAUCUUCGUUAUGGUAGUUAUGGAGAGACUCGGUUUGACGUAGCGACACUUAGCCAACUCGAAGGACAUUGUUCUGUAGAGAACAUACCACAUUCCCAUAGAUCACGAGCUUCUCGCCAGCUUGAACCCGAGGCGUAUUCCUCGGCGGCAGACAAUGAGCAUUCCUCAGGAGUAUCAUCUGACUCAGAAGCUACGCUUUCCUGCCACAUAUUAUCGCAGGAAGAUAGAAAGCGUCAGUCCGUGCCCGAAGAACAAUCGACCCGGACUAUUGAUACAUCCGUCCCAGCAGACGUACCUUCACAUAAAUCGAUACAAUCCUCAGUUCCGAUUCAGUGUUCGAAAGCAGAUUACUUUUCGAUUCCUCAAUUUUCCCCAGAUUACGAAUCAAUGGAGCCGCUUGCGACCCCACAGCAGGUUGCAACGGAAUUUUCGCCAUUCAUGCCUUCUACCAUUCCUGGCACUUGGCCUUCAGCUCAAUUAGAAGGUGAUUCGCAGCUCCUUCGCCGGUCUCAGAAUAUACCCCUUUUGCCAUUUGUUCCUAGAGAGCUCCAUAUGAAUAAAACACUACGGAAAGUGAACUCUGGGUUCCAAGUCCUACCUGCUGGAACAUUCGGAACCCAUGACCCAACUAUAGACGAGCGGAGUAUUUUGUAUGAUGGCGGAGAAGACACAAGGCGACAAUCCAAACUUCAGAAGAAGCCGCCAGCCUCGAUAAUAUCGGGAAGACUAUCAAGAACUUCAGAACGACCUUAG